AAACGGACGUGUACCCUGUUUUGUUAAGAGGGUACACUGUGCCUCGCUGUCUACCAUGUGACUCUCUCUUACAUGCACCCUCUAUAACCCACCCAACUGGCUACACUUUUCAUUCAUUCACAUAGAAAAUCCAAAGUGAGAAUUUUAAGACUAAUUUCACUCUCAUUUCUCUUGUGUUUUUUUUUCCUCCUAUCCACUUUCUGUAUGGUAAUUUCUAUCCAACUUGUUGAGUGAACACACACCAAAACUAGAUAAACACACACACAUUGCUAUAAGGGUACUGUGAGACUCUAGAAAAGUAGAAAACCCCGUUUACCAGAAUCUUCAAAACCCCGUUUUAGAUUUUUCUUUGAGAGGAGGAAGAUGAAUGCAUUUGAUUCAGAUCAAUGCAGUAGUGGCUGUGAAUCUGGUUGGACUUUGUACCUUGAGAAUGAGCACUCUUUUCUCAACCAGAAUGCUUCACAUGGAGAUACUCGAUUAACUAGUGGUUUUUAUGAGGGACACAAAGAAGAUGAUAACUCAUCUGGGGAAGAGGAUUUGUCCAUGGUUUCUGAUGCUUCUUCUGGACCUCCACAUUUCUCACAUGAUGAUGGUACUCCUUGCUUCAAUGAAGAAGACACUGGUUGCUUUUAUUCAGCACCCAAGGUAGUGAAGCUGGCCAAGAGUGGUACAAAGAAGCAGAGAGGUAAAAAAAAUCAACACCAUGAAGAUCAGUAUCUUCCUUCUUUUCUUCAUGAUACUGCUACCUCUCCUCACUUUGACUUCUCCACUAACAAUGUUACUGGGACCAAUCAGCAAAGUUCAACAGGUAGUAGUAUGAUGGAUUAUUCACAAGGUUCCUCUGCAACUUACUUUGGGGGGAGUUCCUAUUUCCAAGAAGAACAUUUUGGUUUCAUACAACCAUCUCUAUCAGAAAAUCAACUUCAAGGCAACAACAGAUGGAAAGGGAUAGGGAUGAGGUAGAGAUGAUAUCAAUUCUAAUACUGGAGGAAGGAAUCAUUGAUAGAAGGAAUUUGACUCUGUACCCCUUGUCGCUUCUUUUCUCUUGUAGUGGUCAUUGGUCAAUGCAGUGGGAAAAAACUUGAAAGGACAAGUUAGAUUUUUUGGUUUUUAGAAAUUUAAUUUUCUUGUUAGUGAAUGAAGGAUUACAAGCUAUACCAGUCAGGGAGGAUCUGUAUAAGCGUGCACAUCCCUUUGUUUUUUUUUAAGCCCCAUGCUCAAUUUAUGUAUGUAAUGCAGUGCUAGCAAGUAGCAACUCAUGCAACAAUAUAAAUAAAUAUUUUGUUUCUA